AUAGUUUACGGAAGUGACGUCAGCAUAGUUCCCGCUGUAGUGAAUCAUUCUUUGUCUUAGGCGCAAUCAAAAUCAGAAAACAUCGGCUUAACUGAGCCAUCUCUGAAGGUAUCAAGAAAUUCAGGUAGAAAAGGAAUUUCCCAGCUAUCGCAUGUCCGAGGAUAUUCAGAAUUUAAAACCCUUCGAUCCUUUUGGUGAUGCAUCAAAGGAUGAAGGCCUUGGGAUUACUGGUCAAGAAAGUCUGAUACACAUACGUAUACAGCAGCGGAACGGAAGAAAAACAUUGACAACUGUGCAAGGACUGUCUACAGUGUAUGAUUUGAAGAAAAUAGUGAAAGCUUGCAAAAAGGAAUUUGCUUGCAAUGGUACUGUAGUGGAUCACCCAGAGUAUGGUGAAGUGAUUCAAAUGCAGGGAGACCAGAGAAACCAUGUCCGGGACUUCCUAAAGUCCAUGGGGUUGGCUAAGGAAGACCAGAUCAAGGUUCACGGAUUUUAAAGAACUUUAGAUACUGAGCUACAGAAUUUAUAUCCAUACAUUUGAAGGAGGAGAAAUUUGACAACCAUAGCUUUACACACAAACUGACAUUGUCUGCAUGUAGUGCAGCUUUUAUAAACUGAAAACAACAAUGUAUUUGCACUCUGUGGAUCUCUAUUGUGUUGUCCUUUGAUAUUCUUUUGAUUUAAUACCUCCAGUAUUUAUCUGCAGUACAGUACUUUCAGGUUAUAGUGUAAAAUGCUAUCAAUUGCUUUUAUUUUUAAACUGCUCGGAAAUAAUUGAAAAACUCCCUUGGUAUUUUUUCUAAAUAGGUAAUUCUAGUGUAUCAUGUAAUCUUUUUGUAUAAGAAAUGUUUGUAUUUUGAUUUUUGAGAAACUGACAAUAAAAUUAUUAUGAACCAUUUUAA